UUGCCCUGUGACUGUGACGUUGUUGGUCUGUCCCUGUGCAGAUCCCAGAUCCAGCCGGAAGCUGGGGCUGGAUCCCGGGCUGGGCUGCCAUGUUCUCCCUGCCUUCCCUCCCCUCCUGGCUCCCAGGCCUCCCCUCCCUCGAGUGGGGCUCCGGCCUUCUCGACUCCCUCCUGCAAGGCCUCGUUGGGGCCUUCGGAGUCUUGGUCCUGAACAGUCUCCUGAAAGUUUACUUCUUCGUGGGCUGUGCCAAUGACCCGGAGCGGCGGCCGGAAAAGGAGCGGCUGCGGGCCCACUGGGCCUCACUGGAGAUGGUGCACCUGGCAGGGCUGGCCCUGUUCCUGACCGUCGUAGGGGCCCGGGUGGCCGCCCUCGUGGUGCUUGAAUUCUCCCUUCGGGCUGUGUCCACGCUGCUGUCCCUGGGCAAAGGCUCCCGGGGCACCGAGAGACUGCAGCUCUACAUGCUGUGCCAGUACUCUCUGGGCUGUGGGCUGACCUGUGGCCUGAGCUUCCUGCAGGAGGGCGCCCCUCACCGCACGCUGAACCUGCUGCUGAGCCUUGGGCUGGCUGCGCUGCUGGGCACGGGUGCCCGACGCCUCCACCGCCAUGUCUGCCACCUCUACGAGCUACACAGCAGCCAGCACUACUGUGGGAUCUGCCUGGGCCUGCUGGCUGGCGCUCACAGCCUCCCCCAGCUGCUGGGCCGUGCCCUGGCUGUGGCCUUUGCUGUGGGAGACCUGGCAGCUGUGGCCCUCAUCAACCAGGACUUUCUGACCACCUCGGAGGCCAUGCGCUUCUGGACACCCCUCACCAUCUGCUACACACUGCUGGUCAUCUACAUGCAGGAAGAGCAGCGGCAGCAGCCCGGCAUGCAGAGCUACGUCCAGACGGUGCUGGUGCGCAUGGGUGGCCUCUUCGUGCUGCUGCUGACCGUGGGCUGCUGGCUGGAUGUCCUGGGCGUCCUCAUCUCGCUGCUGGGCGAGCUCUGGUGUCUGGCAGGCGUCCGCACCCUACUCGACCUGUGCCAGAUAGAGGAUUUUCCAUCCCAGAGGCCUUCAGUGUCAGCCCCAAGCCAGCCCCAGGGCACGGCCCCCUCCUGACCUGCCUCAGGGAGCGCAUGGAGUCUGUCUCAGGCCCACACGGGCUGGCCUGCAAGGCCUUGACCCCGGGACGCUGCCUGGAGGUGGAAUGGCUGUGCUGGUCCCCACCUGGAGCUUGGGGUGGGCACUGGGGCCCCAGGAGGGAGGGGACACCUGGGGGCUCCUGGGUUAAUCCUCCUUUUCUCAGGGUGGGCAAUGAAUACAGCCCCUCAGACCUGCCUUCCCAGGCAGGGUUGGGGGGCUGGGGGGAAUUACAUCCUCAG